AUGGGUGACUGGCUCAACGCUCUCAGGCGGCUGGAGGAGGAAAGGAGCCCCCCUCAGCAGCAAGCGCUCGUCCCCAUCCUCAUCCCUCAGCCCAAUCCUGCCGCGAUGGUAACCAAUCCUACUCGUCGACACGCCGUCGCCAUACAGCUCGAGGACCUCAGACACGACCUGAACCUGAUUGCCCAGCUGAUCGUUUGCCACACUGCACGCGGCGAUUCCUUGGCUAAAGAGAUCGAGGUGGCCGAAGCCAUCGUGGCAGAGCUCAAGGAUAAACACCAGCAGAGUGUGGCCGAGUCCAACCGGCUUGAUCAAGUUGGAACACUGAAUAUCAUGAAACAGAGGCUGCUGCAUCAGGAACUCUGUGUGGAUUUCAAGCAGUAUCAGGUUCUGAUGGAGCACGGUCUUUAUGACAUUGUGCGCAUCAGCGACAAGCCCUGUACACCUCUUCCCUCGUUGCCCAAGGAAACGAUCGGUCUCUGGAAGGAUGGGCCCUCGGGUGGCAUUCUCAAAGCCUUGACGGGUGAGGUACAGUGCAAGCACCUUUCGCAGGGGCCGCAUGUCCAUUUCGCCGACCUCCCAGUGGGCCAUCAAAGGGAGUGA